UGGUUUUUGUACUAAGACGUAUUGGCUCGUAUUGCAAAAUAUUAUGCUGUACAAACAAUAAGUGUGAGGCCUAACCUGUUAUUUUUUACGCUUUGUUAGAAAGAUUAGGUCUGAAUCAGGCUUUAGAAGUUAAAUAAUUUUUCACUUUAACUACCUUGUGAAAAGAAUAAUGGAACCAAACCAAAAAAUAGAUCUCGGUCUUUUAGAAGAGGACGAUGAAUUUGAAGAAUUUCCCGCCGAAGAUUGGACAGGGAAGGCUGAAGAUGAUGAGGAUGUAAAUGUGUGGGAAGAUAAUUGGGAUGAUGAUAACAUUGAAGAUGAUUUUAGCAAACAACUUCGAGAAGAACUAGAAAAGCAAGGAUUUAAAGUAGAUGGUGUGGGAGAACCCAUGAAGACAUGAAGAAGAGAGAAAGACUUGGAUUAUGAGUCAUAGUAUAUUUUAUUCGAAAGUUUUCCUUGAACCCUUGUAUGUGUAGUUCAGCCCAAAAAUAAAAUUUUCAAUAAAAAUUUAA